AAGAAUAGAAUUAAAGAUCUCACGAUCGCGACAACACAUGGAUACCAAUUACAGAGCAAACAUCGCAAAGUGGCUGCCACUUUCCGAUGGUGCUCUCGACAAAUGGCUUGUAGACGCUUCCGUUCUCGAUGAGAAAGUGGGAAAGCUCGCAGGAUGCGUGGCUUUAAUCAUCGAGGACUUCGCAGAGAGUCGAGUUUGUGAUUUUGAGGUGUUUGAGGAAGUCGUCGAUAAUUUGGAAGAAUUGAUAGAGAAUUACAAAUUAACAUGCAGCCCGAAAGAGUUAAGCAGUCAUCCGAUAUAUAAAUAUAAAAUAAAUUAUCUGUUGAUGAUAUUAAAGCGCAAGCUCAACAUUGUCGCAAAAUUCACUCGAGAUUUAAUCACUGCUAUUGUCGAUUGCAAAAAUGAAGAAAAUAUCAGAAUAGUGUUUAGAUUGGUAAAUGCUUACAACAGUAUGCUCGAUGUGGAUCGAGAUGUGUCGGAUCCUUCCGUCAAUGCCUUUUACAAUGACACUCCUUCGAUGUUGGAGCCGUUGAAAAAGAUCUCUGUAACUAAAAUAUUGCAGAUAUUAGCAAAGAACAGAGCGGAGGAAUCCUGUCACGAGCUUAUCGACUGCCUUCUGGCGAAUUACGAGCCCCGUGAGAAAAUCGAUUCUACUGCAACGAACGACAUGGAUGUUUCGGAAAAUUCUAGCAUUGAGAUCUAUCGCGCUCUUACGAGACAUUUAACGCCACCGAUCGCGAGUGCGGCAUCGACUUCUGAAGUGCAAGUAUCUAAUAACAUCGAAAGUGUCCAGGCACUCGUGAAUACGCAAAACGAGCAAGUCCUUAGACUUCUAACUGUCGUGCAGGAGAUCUCGCCGCAAUUGCUCGGCACGGAUGCUUUGAAGACCAGCAAAGGCGAAACGAGAUUGAGAGGCAUCGCGAUAAAGAAAGUAAAAAGCUAUUAUCAAGAAGUCGCAUGGGGUGCUUUAUCCGGUAUACUAGAUCAUGUGAUACUAUGGUGGUCCCACGAGGCCCUUGCGACCCAUCACAACCACGGUGCUCAACAUCUCAAGGAUUGGCUGCGACAGUUUAUUCAGGGAAACGAAAUCCCACCUACAGUCAGACCAGCAUUGCAAAAUUUAUGCGACGCGCUCGGGUAUCACACGACCAUCACCGCUUGGGACCAGCUGUUUAGACUAGCCUACACCUCGGCUUUCGAAUGCCGCUCAAAACCGUCGUCCACGGAGGGAACCGACACGGGUCAAAUGUUCGUCGAGCUGUUCCAAUUACUGGUUACCCUCAGCAACGAAUGCGAGGUGGGCGGCGAGUGGGUGAUUGGAGCACCCUUGAUAGAAUUACCAUUGUCGGAGCAAAUUGUCGUAUUGCACAGAAUGGACCAUUCGGUUCAUACGGCGAGAUUGUGGGCUAUUCAGGAAGCCAAGAUCAUAGCUCAUACUUGGGAUCUGGACGUCUUCUUUCUUCUCGUGAAAGGCGACAUAAUGAAUUACCUCGAGGAACUGUCUUAUCUCAAGCUCGCUGAUCACACGACAGCAUUGUCCACGGGUUCCAUUAGCGUCCAAGUGUACGUAUGCACGAAAAUGAGAGCAAAAAUCGCUUCUGAAGUCAAGGCAAACGUUGAAUUGCUUCAGAUUUCUCCUGCUAAGUGCACUGACAUACUUGCCAAGAUCUGUCGUGUGGUCAGCCUUGCGAAUUUGCACAUGUGUUUUCCACGAUCGAAUUACUGGAGAAGAAACAGCAGCGUAUCUCCGAUGACGGCUAGUCUUUAUGUAGAGACUUAUUUUGAAAAAGUGUUGCUGCCAGUGUUGGAAGUAAUAGAGGAUCCCGAAACGUCAAACAUGAUUCUGCGAAUAAUGUGCGAGGCAUGGCUAGAUUAUAUUUAUCUACACCGCAUUAAGUUCAGCGAGUACGGUGCGCAGCAGUUGUUGACGGAUUUUGCAUACGUAUCGGCAUGGGUCACGGAGUGCGCGAUUAUCUCGCAAAACGUGAGGAAUCACUUGUUGAAGAACGAGGUUUUGCGCCGUUGCGAGGGAGUUGGUCGGCUUCUGUUGAGACAUCCGGGUGAAGCAAUUGCGAUGCAGAAACAAUUGACUCGGAAAACGAAUGAUCGCGGAUCGCCCGAAUCUCCAGGCUUGGAACGCAUGCCGGCUGAAAUGUACGUUCCGAAUCAAGAACAGUGGCUCGAACUGCGCGCUCCCAAGCGAUACAACUUCUGUUGUACGGAAUAAAAGAAAUAAAUAAUCGAUUGUGUCUCGAAUUUUCUGACUAUUGUAAUGUUUUCUUUAUAUAAUUUUAACGUUAGUUGAAUGCAGCAACUCACUGCAUUAAAAAUAUAUUUUCCACUGGCAUCUUAAAACACUAAGAAAAUUACGCGAAAGUGCGCAAAAUGAUUAUUUGCUGUUAAUAUACAUUUAUAUUUUCGAGAAGCCCGGCAAAGGACGGAAACCUUUCGGAUCCGACGACGUAUUACGUUACACCGGUACGAUAUGUGGCGACAAAAUCAACGCAACAACCGUGC